UAGGGGGUCAAAGGUCGCGCGAUUGCGCACAUCUGAUUAGACAGACCCGAGAUACUGACCUUCGAGUGACAUCCCAAAAAUUCCAUGCCGGCAAUCUUAUCUCUAUUCGACUGUGUUUUUACCUGUGAGUCUUUACUUCAGUCACGGCAAAUGCUCUUAUAAAUCCUGCGCUCACUGCUAGACUGCUUCACAAGCCAGACGUUGCGCGCCGCUACGAACGUUGUCGGAGGUCAAAGCUACCCGCUACUGACGGCAAUAUACGGACAUAGGGUCGGCAAUACGCGGUGGAAUUAAGUGGUGGAAACUCUAUAGGGACGCAGACUACGGGCUACUUUUCUUUGAGUAGCCCACGGGCAAAAGUAGCACAACAAAACUGAGGUCACAAAGAAAAGAGAGACCAGAAAAUAGCCAAGAAGAUUUGAAGAUUCGCCGGUAGUCUGGUUUAUAAGUGACAAAAUAAGAGCGGAUAAAAUCAUUUAUUUCGUGUGUUCUCCAAAGAAUGGAAUUUGAAAUGCAUGGAAACUGAGGACUCGAGAUUCUUUGAAACCAUUAAUUGUGUGUGUUGAUUUUGAGAUGAUUGCAAUCUAAAGGGACUCCAUAGAUAGACAGAGAAGAUUCCACUAAAUCUAAAAUUGAGCUGAGUUACAUAAAUCUAGAACUUCAGUUACUAGAACCUAGAACUUUAGAAUCUAGAACUUCAAAGUACUUCUCUUGAUGUUUAUUUGCUGUUUGUCAGAAACAGAGUCAUUGAAUUGAGCUGAGCACAUUAGGAAUUGAAGUGAGGACUGCCAGUUCGAUAUGAGUGCCUGCACUGCGGUGUUUCGUGCAGUCCUCGCCAUCUUCAACAUCAUACUUAUAGCGUUGCUCGGAGUAAUCCAUUUUUACAGCCAACGCCAAGAAAAGUUCAUUUUCCACUAUAUACUCCAGAAUCGCACCGCGAGCCAAGUCUCAGACACGUUUUUCGUCACCAUGAGGCCGCAAUCAUGGAUGGAGUAUGUCUGGUAUGGCAUCUACGGCUGGCAGCUUCUCUGGAUGAUCCAAGCGAUAGCCAUACAGUUCCGUAAAUUCCCCGCUGUCCUCAACUCCUUCGUGUUCCUGCUUUUCCUGAGCUCCACUAUCUUGACCGCCACGUGGGUAGUGUUCUUGAACCGUCUGAUGGUCACCGCUGCGUGUAUCGUACUUUUCAGUGCGGUGUUCCUCACAGCUCUAGCCUUGGUCCUAAUCUACGUGCGGUUUAACGAGUACUACGACCCCGAGGAGCACCCCGCGUGUUAUUUCUGGGGUUUUCAGGUGCUCGUGUUUAACGGCAUUGCGUGUUACGUGGUGUGGCUUAUCUACCAUGCGAUGUUGAUCCUCGCCGCUGUACUGACAUACCGGGAAGACAUCACGGAACCGACCUCCACCACUGUGGUGCUCAUCUUGAUGUACGUACUCGUCCUGGUGUGGUUCAUUCUAGAGAACACGGUCUUCCUGUGGUCCACCCGCUACACGUUCAGCAUCUACCCUACUUUGGUAACCGCGCAGGUGGCGAGCGCGCUGGGAAACUGGGACCCACGCAUGCGUAACUCUAUCAUCCUUGUCAUGCUGAUCGCGAUGGUAUGCGUGAUUUUCGUGUUUCGUGUCGUGCGCGUUGCGGUGCGGCUAAAGAGGUCGAGAAAAACGUAUUCUACCCAAGUCCCCCCACCCCCACCACCGCCCUCGCAGCCACAGGAACCUCUCAAAGAUUACAAACUUGAAGUGUUGUCCACCAAGUUUUAAACGUUUAUAUCUUAAGAUCGGAUAUUUGAAGACAUUUCAAGAAAACGGCCAAGAAAACGGCACAUUUUAGUAGCCUGGAACACACCUAAACUAGAUAUUGCUGUUGUAAUUAUUUUUCGAAUUGGGGCAAGAUUUUGUGUUUUCUACUGCAGGGAAUAUCCUAUAUUCUGUUCAAUUCGAUUCUAGACAAAUCAAUGGCGCGUACCCAGGGUUGGCUAGGGGGCAGGGGGGUGUGCAGUCAUAGGUAUAUGGAAAAAGCAUAGUAUUUGAAGAGAAAUUACCCACUUUUGUGUACGGGCCUACACUUUCGUUGCUAGCCGGAUCCCAUUCGGGCUUAUUCGUACGCUAGGGUGCGCCAAAUAUUAAAUAACCCCGAAUGAGGGCCGGCUAUUUCAUUCCCGGUGGAGUGGAUGAGAACUCCAUUCCUUUUUUAAAUCCUUCCGUUUCUUGUACAGAAAGGCAACUUUUCGUCUCCUCUCUUCUCUCCUUAACCCCAAACUCUUAUAUUCUACUGCCUUGUUUUUAAGACAAACCCUGUCAGUGUCCUUUUGUCCUUUUUUUUGCCAUUUUCUGUUUUAAGGUCAAUGGCUUAUAAUGAUGACCGAUGAAAUACCAGCCACCCGAUAUCAUUUUCAUCUUAUCAUCUACCGAAUGACGUUCCUCGAGCAUGCGCGCAGUGCUAGGAAGAUAAUGUCUACCGAUAAAUGUGACCAUUCCUUGGAUAAGUGACAAAAAACAAUGGCUUGAAUUUACAUAGGAAACCUAGUGGGGGACCAGAGAAGUAGUGAAGCCAGAAUCUCUAGGAAAAUACGAACAAGCUAACCUUGUUCAAAACCCAGAGUAAAAGUUUAGAAAAGAUAAAUCGAGCAAUUUUUUUAGCCGCGAAAAAGAGGUGUCGCAUGCGGUAAAAGAGGUUUCCUAUUUCAGAAAGUAUGAGCUCGAUUUUGUUGAUUUGUCAGAGGAGCCUCAAGACAUUAUCUUAAUGCGGUAAAAGGCGUCAGAAUACUGGGACUGGAGGUUUGUAGUAUGCAAUGAAAUAUUUCAAACAUCGACCUACAACAAUUCACAACAGAUCUGAUAGCAGGGAAGAGGCGAGGAUUACAGUAGUCCAGGCGUUCUUACCCUAGUUUCUACUCGGUUUUCCUGUGGUUGGUAACAGUUGUGACGUCACAGGAAACCAUUUCACGCGGAGUUAUAUAGCACAGGAAACCCGUCCCGGGUAGUAAGCCGUUAAGUCUAGCUUAUGGGAAUAAUGUCUAGAAGUUUCUAAUAGAAAGUGAAUGCUCGGAGGACGGGACGAACAUGUUUCAGUAGAGGGGUUCUCGAAGAAGACCGCUGAUCUCCAUGAAAUAAAAAUACAAAUCAACAGA